UCGCUCGCUCCCUCCCCCCGGCCGGCUCCGCGCUGACUCCGCGGCACGCUGCAGCCGCGUCUGGAAGAUGGCGGGGAACGACUGCGGCGCGCUGCUGGACGAAGAGCUCUCCUCCUUCUUCCUCAACUAUCUCGCCGACACGCAGGUGGGGUCCGGGGAGGAACAACUCUGCGCUGACUUUCCAGAGCUCGACCUCUCCCAGCUGGACGCCAGCGACUUCGACUCGGCCACUUGCUUUGGGGAGCUGCAGUGGUGCCCCGAGAGCUCCGAGACCGAACCCAGCCAGUACAGCCCCGAGGACUCGGAGCUGUUGCAGAUAAUUGACAGUGAGAAUGAGGCCCUCCUGGCAGCACUCACCAAGACCCUGGAUGACAUCCCUGAAGAUGACGUGGGUCUGGUCGCCUUCCCAGCUCUGGAUGGUAGAGAUGCACAAUCCUGCACCUCAGUUUCGCCUGCCCCCUCGUCUGCGCCCCCCAGCCCCUCCCUGGAGCCCCUGGCCCCGGCUCCGGCCCCUGAGGUGGAUGAGCUCUCACUGCUGCAGAAGCUCCUGCUCGCCACCUCCUACCCAGCAUCAAGCUCUGACACUCAGAAGGAAGGGACCGCCUGGUGCCAGGCAGGCCUCAGGUCCCAAAGUCAGCGGCCUUGUGUCAAGGUGGACGGCACCCAAGAAAAGAAGGCCCCCACAAUGCAGUCUCAGAGCCGGAGUUGUACAGAACUGCAUAAGCACCUCGUCUCCGUGCCAUCCUGCCUCCGGGCUAAAGCCUGCUCCCCAGAUAGGGGCCUGCAGCCACCAGCCCCACUGAGUCCCCGGCUCCCUGCCAAGGAGGACGAGGAGCCGGGUGAGGCCUGCCCGAGCCCCCAGCCAGCUCCAGCCUCUCCCCGGGACUCCCCAGUGCUGAGUGCGGCAGGCCCCAGUACCCAGGUUCCCCUGGAAAACAUGCAGGCGGUGGUACAGCUCAUUCGCUACAUGCACACUUACUGCCUCCCCCAGAGGAAGCUGCCCCCCCAGGCCGCAGAGCCGGCCCCUCAGCCCUGCAGAAACCCCUCCAAGCAGGUCAGACCCUGGGCCCGGUCCCAGCACCCUUCCAAAGCCUCCUGGGCUGAGUUCUCCAUCCUGAGGGAACUUCUGGCUCAAGACAUCCUAUGCGAUGUCAGCAAACCCUACCGCCUGGCCACACCUGUCUACGCCUCCCUCAAGCCCCGGCCCCGGCCCCAGGACAGCCAGGCCUCCUCUGGUCGCCCAUCCCCAGUGGAGGAGGUGAGGAUAGCCGCUUCACCCAAAAGCACUGGGCCCAGACCCAGCCUGCGCCCACUGAGGCUGGAGGUGAAAGGACGGGUCAGCCGGUCAGCCAGGCUGCAGCAAGAGGAGGAAGACGAGGCGGAGGAAGAAAAAGAAGAGGAGGGGGAGGAAGUGGAGGAGGAAGAGUGGGGCCCGAAAAGGCUAGGCCGAGGCUCGCCAUGGACCAGGCUGGGGAGGAAGCUGGAGAGCCUGGUGUGCCCCGUGCGGCGUUCCAGGAGGCUGAACCCUGAGCUGGGCCCCUGGCUGACGUUCACCGAGGAAUCGCUGGUCUCCACAGAGCCUCAAGGAUCUCUGCCCUCGCUGGGCCUGGCUCCUGAGGCCUAUGACAUGGAGGGGGAGCUGGGCAGCCCUACGGAUGAGGACAGUGGCCAAGACCAGCAGCAACUCCAGAGACCCCAGAUCCCGGCUCUGGAGAGCCCCUGUGAGAGUGGCUGUGGGGACACAGACGAGGACCCCAGCUGCUCACGGCUUCCUUCCAGAGACUCUCCCAGGUGCCUCAUGCUGACCUUGUCACAAAGCGAUCCUCCUUUUGGCAAGAAGAGCUUUGAGCAGACCUUGACGGUGGAGCUCUGUGGCACGGCAGGACUCACCCCACCCACCACACCUCCAUACAAGCCCACAGAGGAGGACCCCUUCAAGCCAGACAUCAAGCACAGCCCAGGCAAGGACGUAGCUCCCAGCCUCCCCACCCCAGAGGGCCUCCAGCUCGGGGCGGCCACAGGGGCGGCCCACAAGCUGCCAAAGAAGCACCCGGAGCGAAGUGAGCUCCUGUCCCACCUGCGGCAUGCCACAGCCCAGCCAGCCUCCCAGGCUGGUCAGAAGCGCCCCUUCUCCUGUUCCUUUGGAGACCAUGACUACUGCCAGGUGCUCAAGCCAGAGGGUGCCCUGCAGAGGAAGGUGCUGAGGUCCUGGGAGCCAUCUGGGGUCCACCUUGAGGACUGGCCCCAGCAAGGUGCCCUGCGGGCUGCGGUGCAGGCCUCCGGUAGGGAGGAAAGCAGAAGCUGUGACGCAGGUGCAUCUCCCAAGGACAAUCUGCUGCUGAGAGACCACGAGAUCCGCGCCAGCCUCACCAAGCACUUUGGGCUCCUGGAGGCCGCCCUGGAGGAUGAAGAGCUGGCCUCCUGCAAGAGCCCCGAAUAUGACACUGUCUUUGAGGACAGCAGCAGCAGCAGUGGUGAGAGCAGCUUCCUCCUGGAGGAGGAGGAGGAGGAGGACGAUGAAGAGGACUCAGGGGACGAUGAAGAGGACUCAGGGGUCAGCCCCCCUCAUUCUGACCACUGCCCCUACCAGAGCCCACCAAGCAAGGCCAGUCGGCGGCUCUGUUCCCGCAGCCGCUCCAGCUCCGGCUCCUCAUCCUGCCGCUCCCGGUCACCAGCCACCCAAAGGACCUUCAGAUGUGAGAGCAGAGGGCCGUGUUCAGACGGAACGCCAAGCGUCCGGCACGCCAGGAAGCGGCGAGAAAAGGCCAUUGGCGAAGGCCGCGUGGUAUAUGUUCGAAAUCUCUCCAGCGACAUGAGCUCCCGUGAGCUGAAGAGGCGUUUCGAAGUGUUUGGUGAGAUUGUAGAGUGCCAGGUGCUGACGAGAAGCAAGAGGGGCGAGAAGUACGGCUUCAUUACUUACCGGCGUUCUGAGCACGCCGCCCUCUCUCUGAGGAACGGCGCGGCCCUGCGCAAGCGCAAUGAGCCUUCCUUCCAGCUGAGCUACGGGGGACUCCGGCGCUUCUGCUGGCCCAGACACACCGACUACGAUUCCAAUUCAGAAGAGGCCCUUCCUGCGUCAGUGAAAAACAAGUACGAAGCCAUGGAUUUUGACAGCUUACUGAAGGAGGCCCAGCAAAGCCUGCACUGAUAACAGCCUUAACCUUCGAGGAAUACCUCAAUACCUCAGACAAGGCCCUUUCAAUAUGUUUACGUUUUCAAAGAAAAUGAGUAUAUGAGAAGGAGAGAGAGCGAGCGUGUGAGAGAGCACACAUGAGAGCGAGAGAGACUUGAAACUGCUGUCCUUUAAAAAAAAAAAUCAAUGUUUACAUUGAACAAAGCUGCUUCUGUCUGUGAGUUUCCAUGGUGUUGACGUUCCACUGCCACAUUAGCAUCCUCGCUUCUGACGGAUUGUCCCGGAUGCGUCUCCAAGUGCUGGGUCAGUCACCCAUCUGCCCUUCCUUCCCGACCGACUUCCCCUUGUAGACGUGCAGCCGUGUUCACCACAACAUUUCUUGUCUGUAGUGUGUGAUGAUGAAAUUGUUACUUGUGAAUAGAAUCAGGAUUAUAAACUCAUUUUUAAUUGAAAAAAAAAAAGUAUAUCCUUAAAAUAAUGUAUUUAUGGCUCAGAUGUACUGUGCCUGGGGUUAUUGUAUUGCUUCCUUGAUUUUUUAACUAUGCACUGUUGUGAGGUGUUUGCCACUGAGCUGCUCUGCUCCCUUUACCAGAAUGCCCCAGAGGUUCUGGGUGGCCAGUAGACUGGUCCCAGGGGAGGUGUGGCCUGCAGCCACAACGAGGAGCAGUGGAGAGAUGUUUCUGGGCCUUUUCUGCCAAGCCCUGCUCUGUCUCUCAUUGAGCGAGUUUGGGUCCAAUUACAAUCAGAGCCCUCACUUGGUGCCCAGGUCUCACUUAGAGUUUCCACCUGGCCAUGAGUCCUUCCAAGAGGCCAAGACCUUUGCGGACCUUGUAAGAAAGGCAGGGUGAGUUAUGUUAUUUCUGUUUUUCCAGGUGAGGUAGGCAGUACCCCAAGAGGUGAAAUGACUUGCCUGAGGUCCCACAGCCAGUGAGAGGGCAGAGCAGUGACCCAGCCCAGGCCCCCUGAUUCCUGAGCCCAUGCUCCUGCAUAGCUGGAGCAAAGAUGUAACAUUUCAGGAGCUGGUAGGUAGAGGUGAGUUCAGCUGAAUUGGGCAACAAGCUAAAAGCCUACAGGCUCAUUGUGGCAGUUAAGUCAACAGCUGACUGCCAGCAUUUGGUGAGUUCAAGUUCUGGUAUGUGUUUUGGUCCUGUGGUUUGCCUCCACCUGUGGACAUACCAUUAGGGCUUCAGUGACACAUCUGGAGUGGCAUGGAGAGGCGAUCUGAGAGCAGUCAUCCUUUUGGGGCCAGUCACCAACCCGUAUUACUCCCUUCACCUGAUCUUUCUUUUUCCUCAGUUGUAAAGUUGUUUUGGGGGUGUGGGGAAAGGGGAGCAGGAAGAGGAUGUGAGGGUUGGGGACAGAUAAGACAAUCUCUAAGCUCCUUUGAAACUUAGACAACAUGCUAAUUGGAUUUUACUUUAAAAUUUGUGUUCUUGAGUGAUUCAAAGCCAUGUCCAGCUUGGAUGUUCUGCAGGUGCCUUGGGGGCCACCCGUGAGGGAGAGCAUGGCCAGGCAGGGUGUGAGCAUGUUGCUUCUGCCUCAGAGUAGCUCCAGCUUGAUUUUUUUCAGACAUCAGGGUUCCUUGGGAAAAUUUUAUAUUUGAAAAGAAAAGAAAAAAGGUCCUGCUGUUUAAAAAAAAGUUCGAAAUUGACUCAUUAAACUAAACAAGCUAAUUUAAUGUAUUGCUAGUGCCAGGCCUAGUUCUUUGAGAAUUGGUAGUUGAUUUUUUUUUUUUUUAAGAUUUUUAAAUACCUCAGUACGUAAACAGAGCCGAUGAACUUGUACUGGGUAGUGAGCAUACUCCAAGCCCACAGAGGAGGCUGGAGGAGACAUGCUUUAAAGACAACAGGGAAUUUGAGCUUCUGUGCGUCAAGUCAUUUGACCUCUUUGAGCCCCAAUUUCAUUUUCUGUGAAAGGGACUGAGGGGGAGAAUUAGUCAAGUUGUUCUCCAAAGUCCCUGCCAGCCCUAACAGUCUUAGCUUCUGCUAAGGCAGUGUCUAGCUCAAGAUGGCAAAUACACUGUACGUGUGUCACUACAGCCACAGCCUUGGCCAGAGACAGACACAACUUAUCUACCACAGCACUCAUGUUCUUUGAGCCUGGUCCUGUCGUUAGAAACCUCGGCACAGUGCUCUGAGCAGACAUUAACCUAUUCGACAUCCUGGUCUAAUUUUCGAAAGGUUUCCAUAACACAACGAUAUGGUGGCUGGGUUUCGUGCUAGCCCAUCUUUGUCUGUCAUGUCGUGAUGGAUGAGAGAAAAUUCCCCUAAAGCCAUUCUUUGGCAUACAAUUCCCAAUAUUUCUGUGACACACAAUCCCAUUUGGGGUGGGGGUGGGGAGUGGAAUAGCAGACAUGAACGUGUUUGGCAAGGCAGGGUUUAUGAGGAUGGACCAAAAAAAAGGAACUUUCCACAGCACAGACCUGAACAUUUUAAAUUCCUUUUAUAGCUAUUCACUGCCUAGCACACAGUAGGCACACAAUAAAUGGCUGUGGAAUAGAAUGGCACAGAAUAGAAUUUAAAUCCGUCUGCUGCCUGCCCUCUGGAAGCCGAUAGGAAAGAACUCUAGAUUCAGAGUGGGGCUAGGUCAUGUCUAAGCCCCUCCUAUUGGCUUCUUCCUCGAUUGCGCUAGGCCAGAAGUUCUACGCUGGGCAGGUGGUGCCUUAGGGUAAAGAAAUUCAGAUUUUUAGUGAAGGACAAGCCUCUCCCCUCCUCUGGGUCAGCUGAAGCUGUCCUUUCUCGUCAGGUUAAUACAGGGGUCUUAAAGUUACUUAAACUUGGCCCUUGAACAGAGCAGAGAUCUGAGCAAGGCAGUGGGGUGUGACGUGCCUAAGGUCAGAGCUGGGGGCUGCUGAUGAGAGGGUGCCUGCCGAGGAUAUCACGCAGUUUCUGCUCACCAUCCCGUACCGGAAAGGCAACAGGUUCCAAAGCUGACUGAUCCUGCAGACCACCUCUAUCCAGAAGACUCAUUCGGUGCUGUGUAUUAUUUACCAAGGAGGCUCCAAGGUCUCUCCAGGAAAACGAGCAAACCUUGGUCUCUCUCCCACCAACUUAAGCAGUAACCCAGAGGGAGCAGCUGCCAUUGGCAACCAUCUCGUUGUAGCUCUGUCCUAGUAUUUGCUCUCAAUGAUGUUUACAUGUGAUUGGCAUACAGCUUACUAUAGACCGUGUCGGUAGCUGCCCACGCAAGGCAGCAUGUACUGUCUAUCUCUGUGCUGUGCUGGUGUUUUCCAAAAAUAUCCGAUCCAACCGCUAAGUGGAAUUCUUCCAUCUCCUUCUUCAGUCGAUACAAGGCUGAAUCAGAAUCCUCACUCUCGGGGGCUCUGGUUAUCGAAGGAAAAUGCAUCAAAGAAGUAAAGAAUAUGAGUGGAUGGAGUGUAGCUAAGUCUCCCACCCCCUAACCCCUUUAUACCUUGCCCCCCAAUCGGAAAACUCCUUGGUGUCUAAAAGCACCCGUCAGGUGUCUGCACCUGCCAUGAGAUCUGGCAGCGUGGCAUGUGGGACAUGCUUGGGAGAGAGGCAAGGCUUUGGGGGCUUCGGGAGAGGGAGGGGAAAGGAAGGAAUGCUCCGAGCUCAAAGACUCAGUACCCAAGUCCCGAUGUGGGAAGAGAUGAUGCAGUAAGGUUUCUUUUGCUGCCUAAAGCCUAUGCCUCUUGAUGUUCUGAGGGCAGUUUCUUCUAGGCGUGUACAAUACACAUGCCCAAGCUGCCAUGCGGGCGGGGAAUGGAACAGGCAGGGAAGGCAAUGACAGCGAAGUCUUUCUGCAUGAACAGGUCGAAACCCCAUUCCAGGCCUUGGGUUCAGUUGAAAUCACAGCUGAGCCUGCAGCUUGAGAGAUAGGUCAUCCCAACUGUGAAGCAGAAGCCACUCCAGAGAAUUUGUUGAUUUGACUCACUUGAUGUCAAAACUGCAGUAAUUUUCUUAGUAUUCGAGAUGUAGCAGUUGCCCUCAGAUAUGACCAAGGAAGGAAAUUAGAUGUACAGUAGCAAAUAAAGUAAACCUGUUGGUUUCAUUGGCCAAAGAAGACGGUCCUGCUCACCCUUUCCCAGUGGGGUGGAAGGAAACUGGUUAGUACUUAUGUGCAAUAUGUUUAAGCUGGUCUCCAAGUUCCUGAGGCAUUUGCACACACAGAUGGGCUUCAGGACCGUGUGCCAAGUUCAGAGGUACAGGGUAAGUGGAGGGAGAGCUUGGGAGCUGGGAAACCCAUGUGCACAGAGAUACCCAAAGCAGAUGGGGACAGGGAGCCAUUGGGAGCUUGCCGCACGAUGUCCAGGAAGUAGGCAGAGGCUGACUUUGCAUUGAACCAAUAAAAGCACUUUGAGAAAACCGCAACACUUCAGCUUGUCUCCAUGUGUCCACACCGGCAAAUAUGAGUCUCCUUUGGCAGCGUGAGGUACUGUCAUCCUAGGGAUGGAGCCAGGGCAUCGGGAAGGAGGCUGAUGUGAGGGAGGAGAGAGCAGAGAUGCCUUCCAAGACAUCAGCAGCAGGAGAGGCCAUCCUAGGUUUUGGAUCUUGGUACUUAUUUUUGUAAAA